AUGGCAGCUCAGCUCCCAGAAUGCCAUUCAAUAAGGAUCACGAACCACGGGAAGAUGAAAUCAUGGGUUUCAUUCGCCUUGGAUCAUCUGGAGCGCAAUGAUAAACCUGUUGUUCUCCACACGCUACCAUUGGUCCAAACUACAAACGAAACCGAGAAGACUCAAGGUGCAUUAUCAAACGCGACCACUGUCAUUCCACGUUUGGUGUCUGUGGUGGAGAUAAUCAAGCGCGAGUAUUUGAAGUCCCUGGAGCUGAAGCAGUCAACCAGGUUGACUGGGUUGCAUCAAUACAAUGAGCUCGGCUGCUUGGAAGACUUGGAGGCUGAGGAUAACCGAAUGGAACAGGAUACGCCACAGGCUGCAAACGAGGAGGCACGAGUGCAGAACAUCGUACAAGCGCUGGGGGGGAAAAAUCAUGUGAGGCAGAAACAAACUCCCUUUAUGCGCAUCACCCUUUCAACGCAAUCUCUGCCUGAAUUAAAGGAAAGGGGUGCAACGUAUCAACCUCCCCUGAUCAGGAAAUUGUCAAAAUCUGCAAAAGCACGGGCGAAGAAACGAGAGAAAAAAGCUUUAGAGGUGACGGAUCUGGAGAAGGAUGGGUAA